AAAAGGGGGGAAAACUCACGUGAAAGCCCACAACGAAGCAACAAAAGGAAUCAUCCUACAUUCCUUCUCUUCAACGAGAUUUUAUCAAUCGCUCUAUUUUCACUCGAAAAAAAGUAAAAAAAAAUAAACGGAAAUGGUAUUUCGAUCUGCCCACGAUUCCGAUUCGAAUCAGUCGGAAUCGUCGCCGCCGUCGAGGAAUAGCCGGCGGCGCUCGAAGCCAUCUCCGUCACGGCCAGCAGGAAAAGAGAGGAGAGACAACGACCGCGAGACGAGGGAGGACUCCUGCCUGCCCCCACCACGUGGCGUCCCGUGAUUGGCGCCGCACCUGGUGAAGUGCCGGGUCGCGCUCUCACGCCCAGCGUCUCUCUCUCUCUCUCUCUCAUCUCUAUACUCCCUUUUCAAUACCGAGACAGGGCAAAAGAUGCUAUUCCUUCUCCUUCUCCGCCUAAAGAGCCGCUUGCGAUCAGCGACAAGGGAGAAGAAGAGAUCUCGCCUCCGCGAUCGAAUCGCGUCCAAUAUCCGGCCUUGACGCUCUCCUGGCCUCAGAUUUGGGAUUCUUCUUGCUGAGUUGCUGACGUUUUGUCGUAGUUGAUUAAUAUGGGCAUGCCUUGUCCAAAAUGCUAGUGAUGCAGGCAGCACUGACGUGUCUAACAUGAAGGAAGAAAGUUCAUUAGAUGAUAAGAUGAUAGACAAGAAUUGGGCCCCAAUGCGCAAGAGGAAACGUAAAUUAUCUGGUUUGGAUGAAAGUAAUAGGAAGCAGGAAGCUACAAUACUUGCAGAGUCUGAAAAGAGCAACUCUUCUCUUAGAAAAAAAUUGAAGGAAGGCCAUGAUGCUUCCUCCAAGUUAAAAGGGAAUGAUGGAUAUUAUUUUGAGUGUGAAGAAUGCGCAGUUGGUGGAAAUUUGCUAUGCUGUGAUAGCUGUCCUCGGACAUACCAUCUCGCUUGUCUUAGUCCACCCCUGAAGCAUGCUCCGACAGGGAAGUGGCAAUGCCGAAAGUGUUGUUCGCAAACAGAGGAUACAACAUUGAUGACCAUACAAAGCAGUUCAAGGCGUGCAAGGAGUAAAAGCACAAUUCAGAAAGCAAAGGAUAUGAAUGGUAUCUCUAGUCAUGGUAAGGCAUCACAUUCCAAGAAGACUUCUCUAAAUAUGAAUAAAUCAACCAGCAAAGGGGAAGAUGCUUUUUCUAAUGGAAGCACAGCUUUUACGAAGAAAGCGAGUUCCUGCCGCACUAAUUCAUCUAGCAUAAAAUCAAAGCCUUCUGGUGAAAGUAAUUUGAUGGUCGGGAUAUCAACAAUAGAAGAUAGUCAAACAAAGAAAAAUGUUCUCUCUCUUACACGAAGGAAUAGAAGUGAACAAAAGUCAAUUCGUUCUCUUGUAAAAUCGUCAAAGUUCAAUGUCAGUGACAAGUUGUCCGAAGAGAGACCUGAUGAAUACAAAAAUGAAAAUCAGGACAAUAAGCUUGACCAUCCAGCUGCUCUAUCUUCUCAGAUAUCAAAGAAAAAUAGAAAAAAAAAUCACAGGAUUGACAAUAAUAAGAGAGCGAAAUCUAAUAAUGUUAAACAUGCUGAAUAUAUUUCCAAUGACAUUUAUGAGGAUGGUUCUCUUUGCCCUGAAUUGAAUGACUCCAAUGACACAAAGCAUGAAACAAGACAGCUGAGGUUUCCAAGCAAAAAACAACUGGAGACAUCUCCUCUUGUAGCAUCCUCUAUAUCUCUUGACGAUGGAUUUGGAGGAAGGGUUGAGAAUGAAAUGAAUUUUAAUGAGAAUUUAUCUGGUGAAGUUCAACAAGUUGACCGCAUUUUAGGGUGUCGUAUUCAAAGUUGGUCUUCGCAUGUUGAUAAAACAAAUGGAAUUACCACUUCUCAAACAGAAAACAAGGCAGGCAGGCUGGAAAGUAAAUUACCAUCUUCUGAUUUAUCUCGUGAAGAAAAUCAAGACCAACCUGAUGAAGGCUGUGAUGACAGUAGAGUCCUGGACAAGAAGAAUUCAAAUUUUACCCUGGAUAAGAGUCAUCAAGGUGUUGCAAAUUCUAUUACUGGAAAAAUUGCGGGCGAUGUCUCUGAUGAGGCAAAUGGAGAUGUUAAGGGAAAACCAUUUGAGACUGGUGAACACAUGGGUAAGGCCAAAAGCAUUGGGUCGUCAGUUUCACAAUCUCCCAUGACUAAUUGUAUGACUAGCGAAGUGUUUGACCUUCCUGGGGUCCCUGUUGCUGGUGAUCUAAUUGAAACAAGAGUUGGUAAGGAUGGUUUGGAAGGGAGCAUAGCUGUGAAAUAUCUUUAUUCAGAAAGUAACAAUGAUCAUCACACUCCAGUCUCUGACUUCCCUGUCACUUGUGAGCCACAAGAUAUCCAUUUAAUGAGCACAGGUUCUAAAUCCGAUUACUGUGUUGAAAAUGUUAUGCUGAACCAGCCAGUACCCGACUUGAGGCUUGAGAAAAAUGAUGCUGUUAUUUAUGAAUUUUUUGUUAAGUGGGUAGGUAAAUCAAACAUACACAACAGUUGGGUUUCUGAAAACCAGUUGAAACUUUUAGCUAAGAGAAAAUUGGAGAAUUAUAAAGCUAAGUAUGGAACUGCUAUCAUAAAUAUAUGUGAAGAUCAAUGGUGUCAGCCACAGCGUAUUAUUUCUUUACAUGAAUCUGAUGCUGGACGUGAAGCCUUAGUUAAAUGGAGUGGCCUCCCUUACGAUGAGUGCACCUGGGAAAAGUUAGAAGACAAUGUAGUUCAAAAUUUUUGUUAUCUUAUUUCGGAAUUCAAACAGUUUGAAAGCCAGGCUUUGGACAAUGAUGCUAGAAAUGAUAUUGCUAAAAGAAAAAUCCAAGAAGUAAUUUCCUUGACAGAGCAGCCAAAAGAGCUUAAAGGAGGAUUAUUAUUUCCACAUCAGUUAGAAGCUUUAAACUGGCUUCGCAAAUGUUGGCACAAGUCGAAAAAUGUUAUACUUGCUGAUGAAAUGGGACUUGGCAAAACAGUGUCUGCUUGCUCUUUCAUUUCAUCCUUGUAUUUUGAAUUUAAGGUUAAGUCACCUUGCCUUGUCUUAGUUCCGCUCUCCACAAUGCCAAAUUGGCUAGCAGAAUUUGCAUCAUGGACUCCUCAUUUGAAUGUUGUGGAGUAUCAUGGCUGUGCAAAAGCAAGAUCCAUAAUAAGACUGCAUGAGUGGCAUGCUAUCGCUUCAGAUGGGUCACAUAAGAAGACUAAAUCAUACAAAUUUAAUGUUUUGCUGACCACUUAUGAGAUGAUUCUUGCUGACUCGUUUCAUCUACGUGGAGUUCCAUGGGAACUUCUUGUUGUUGAUGAAGGCCAUCGGCUGAAAAAUUCUGGAAGUAAACUUUUUAACUUGCUCAAUUCAUUCUCUUUCCAACAACGUGUUCUAUUGACUGGAACUCCUUUACAGAAUAACAUUGGCGAAAUGUAUAAUUUACUGAGCUUCUUACAGCCUGCCUCAUUCCCCUCUCUCUCUGCUUUUGAAGAGAAGUUCAAUGACCUUCCGACAGCUGAAAAAGUAGAAGAGUUGAAAAAGCUUGUAGCACCUCAUAUGCUUCGGAGGCUUAAAAAAGAUGCCAUGCUGAACAUCCCUCCUAAAACUGAGAGGAUUGUUCCUGUUGAGUUGACAUCCAUACAGGCCGAGUACUACCGUGCAAUGCUUACCAAGAAUUAUCAAAUAUUGCGUAAUAUUGGCAAAGGGGUUGCUCAGCAGUCAAUGCUGAACAUUGUCAUGCAACUACGCAAGGUUUGCAAUCAUCCAUAUCUCAUUCCUGGAACCGAACCUGAAACUGGUUCUGUGGAAUUCCUACAGGAGAUGCGCAUAAAAGCAUCAGCAAAACUUACUUUGUUGCACUCUAUGCUCAAAAUUCUACGUAAGGAUGGCCAUCGUGUGCUUAUUUUUUCACAGAUGACCAAACUUCUUGAUAUACUUGAGGACUACCUAACUGUAGAAUUUGGUCAUGGAACAUUUGAAAGAGUUGAUGGGUCUGUAUCAGUGACAGAUCGUCAAGCAGCAAUAUCUCGGUUCAAUAAAGAUAAAACUCGUUUUGUCUUCUUACUGUCAACACGUUCUUGUGGACUUGGGAUAAAUUUGGCUACUGCAGAUACUGUUAUUAUAUAUGAUUCUGAUUUUAAUCCGCAUGCUGAUAUACAGGCAAUGAAUAGAGCACAUAGAAUUGGGCAGUCAAACAGGCUACUUGUGUACAGGCUUGUAGUUCGAGCUAGUGUUGAGGAAAGAAUUCUGCAGCUUGCUAAGAAGAAAUUGAUGCUUGAUCAACUAUUUGUGAACAAGUCAGGAUCUCAAAAGGAAGUGGAAGACAUUCUUCGGUGGGGAACAGAGGAGCUUUUUGGUGAUUUUGAUGGUGCAAUUGGUCAAGAUUCAAGAGAGAAUUCUAUUAGCAAAGUUGAUACUAAUACAAAUUUAGAGCACAAGCAUAGAAGAAGAAUUGGUGGCUUGGGAGAUGUUUACAAGGACAGGUGUACUGAUGGUGGCAUGAAAAUUGCAUGGGAUGAAAGUGCAAUAUUAAAAUUGCUAGAUCGUUCUGACCUUCAAACAAAUGUAUCAGAGAACACUGAUGGUGAUUUGGAUGGUGACAUGCUUGGUUCAGUAAAAUCUUUGGAUUGGAGCGAUGAGCAGCUAAAUGGAGAACCUGGUGGAACUGUGAUGACAGCUGAUCUUGCUGGUGAUGGUUGUGAGCCAUAUGAGACUAAGGAAGAUAAUACAAACACUGUCGCAGAGCAAAAUGAAUGGGACAAGCUUCUACGUGACAGGUGGGAAAAAUAUCAACUUGAGGAAGAAGAAGCUCUUGGUCGAGGAAAACGCUUGAGAAAAGCAGUUUCUUACAGGGAAACUCUUACCUCCGUAAUCAGUGAAGCCUUAAGUGAGAAUGUUACUGAGCAGGAACCUGAGCGAGAAUACAGCCUUGCUGGCCGAGCGCUGAAAGAAAAAUACAUGAAGCUCCGUACCAGACAAAAGGAACGAAUUGCAAGAAGGCAUACACUGGAAGUUCAUUUUUUUGCUGAGAGACCCGAAUCAUUAAAGCAAUCACCUGUUCUUGAUAGCAAAGAAGGGCAAUGUGCUGAUUCCACUGCACAUUCAGAAGAUUCAAGUGAACUAGAUCCUGCGACAACUCCAUAUGACUCUAAAUAUUCUCAAUCAUUUGAUGCUAAGAACUCGAGUUAUUCCACAUGCAAACAGGGAAAGAUCUCAAAGCUUGGUAAAAAAAGAUUUCACGGCAGCCAUCUUAGUCUUUCAGUUAGACCUCCUGGUCUUUCCUCUGAUAGCAUCCCACCAAGCAACCAUUUCCAAGACAGUUGCGCAAAUUGUGUUCCUUCUAGUUCAUUUUUACCAGUUUUGGGGCUGUGCGCUCCAAAUGCUAGUCGGAUAAAUUUAACAUCCCGGAGGAGUUCAACAACUCAGAUUUUCAAUUCUUCAUUUGGCCAACUGGCAUCUAAUCAUGAGCAGCAGAAAACAUCCAGUGGUGUUCGAGAGUUUUCAACUGCACCUUUUGUUAAAGGGGAACUUUUGACUGACACUAACUCUGAUGGUCAAGAACCUACAGAUUUGUCAAUAUUGUUAGAUAAACCGGGAGACGGACAGCAUCGUCGUCUGAAGAAUAUCAUUCCAGACAGCUAUUUUCCAUUCGGCCCCCCUCUGCUUCCGACAUCUGGAAGGUUUUCUUCAGAUCUUAGUGAAAGUUUGGGUGCUUCUUUCUCCUCAUUUAGAGAAAAAAUGGGUCUUCCCAAUUUCGUGUCUGAUGAAGUGUCUGCUCUGAAAUCUUCAAUUCCAUCUAGAAGUUCAAGGAAACUGCAAACAGACUUCUUACCAAAGUUGUCACUGUGCUCAAAUAUGAAACUUGGAAAAGAUUCUGAUAAAGACAUGUCAACUGUACCUUUAGUGCCAAAUUUUGGACAGCAUUUCAAUGAGACGCUUAAACAAAAACAGGUGAUGCCUGAGCUACCUCCAAUGCUGAACCUCGGUUUGGUGCAAACUGGACUCUCUAUGCCUGAAAAUCAUAUGAAGGUUCAGGACAACAUAACGGUUAAAAUUCAAAAUGAUGCACACAAAUUUAUGAAGAAGAGAUUGAAAUUGGAUGCAUGGUCAGAAGAUGAACUAGAUGCCUUGUGGAUCGGUGUACGCAGACAUGGAAAAGGUAAUUGGGAUGCUAUACUUCAGGAUCCCAAGUUGAUGAUUUUAAAGAAAAGAUCUGUUGAAGAAUUACUGUUUAAGUGGAAUGAGGAGCAGUACAAGAUAAUCGAUGGACCUAUACCUCCACCCAAAAAUUCCAAAUCUGCAGCAUUUCUUGGUCUCUCGGAUGGAAUGAUGGCACGGGCAUUGCAUGGUAGCAAAUUCAUGAGUCUUGGGGCAGAGCUGCCCAAAUUUCGGUCUCAUCUUACAGAUAUUCAGCUGGGUUUUGGUGAUAUGAUGCCUAGCUUUCCUUUCCUCGAGCCAUCUAGUAAUUUGAGAGGGGCUAGUGAAAGACUUCCUCCUCUUCCAUCUUGGCUAGGUGACAAGCCUGAAUCCAAUUGCAUUGACAAAUUUUCUGUAGGACCUGUAGAUAGAAUUGAGAAGACCAUUUUACCUUCGGGGCAACCUUUUUACCAGAGUAACUUUUCAGGUAGUUCUGGAGGUUUAGGGAUGAAUUUGCUAAGCGGCUGCAGUCUACAACAAACCGAUUAUGCCUCGGCUAGAAAUAGGCAUAUGAAGCUGCCGUCUUUGUUGGAAAAAUCAUUAAGUUUAUUGAGGGAAACCCAAAAUAUUCACUCUGAUGGAUCCAGCAGGGGAGACCUGCAUGAUGCUAAAAGGAAGCUCGCCUCAAAAUCUCUUACUGAGGAUGACAGUUUUCCUGGCGGUUCAAAAGAGAACAAGCUGCCACAUUGGCUUCGAGAAGCUGUCAGUGCUCCAAGACCCUCAGAGGCUGCAUUCCCACCUUCUAUUUCAGCUAUAUUACAUUCCUUUCGUGUUAUUUAUGGUGAAGAUAAAUUCAAAAUCCCACCAUUCUUAAUCCCUGAACCACUCCCUUCCCUUCCUAAAGAUCCAAGAAAGAGAUUAAGAAAGAAACGGAAGCUGAAUAGGUUUCGGCAAGCAAUUCCUGAAGGUUCAAACCCUACAGGAAAUGCUGAUAUUUAUGCUUCAUGCUCCAUUCCUGCAACAUUACCCUUAAUGGGAUAUUCUGUUGCUUCAGCACCACAACUUACGCCAUCCUCUAUCAACCCAACACCUUCACCUUCAUUGGCGGAGAACAUCAUUUCGUCGGCACCGCAUAUGCCAUCCUCUAUUCCUACAGCACCUCAACUGGUUUCAUGCACAAUUCCCUCACCAUCAUUGGUAUCUUCUUCCAUUUCUCUAAUGCCAUCCUUCACUAUGUCAACGCUACCAUUGAUGCCAUCUUCUAUUUCUCUGGUUCCAUCAGGAAUGUUUUGCUCAAUUCCUCCAAUAUCACCACUGAUGGAAUGCUCCAUCCCCGCAGAACCACCCCCUAAGCCAUGCACCAUUCCUCUAGCACCACCAUUGACAUCAUCCUUGCCUGGUCUCCCAAUAAAAGACACUGGCUUCAUCCUUCCUUCUCUGAACUUGAAUUUGAAUUUACCAUCUUCUACGCCAUAUGGUGCUCAAGGAUUGCAAUCAUGUGCGUCCCCAUCACUUUGUCCUGAAGGGUUUUGGUCUGCUUCUUGCAUGGAUCAUGCACUGUCAAUCUCAUCAAUAUCUGACAUGCCUAGCACCAGCUAUCACAAUAUUGAAUGCACUGGACCUGGAUCAAAGAAUCCUGAAAAUUCUCAUCAGAUUGGCUUGGAUUCUACUGGGGACUUCAAAUACAUCCAUAUGAAACAGAAGGCAAAUUUAAGCUCACAUUUAGGCUGCCAGGGAAAACUGAAUGUUGAACAAGUUGAUCGUACAGAGAGUGGAGCAUCGAGCAAGAACAAGUUAGAGUCACCUCUUGCUAACGGCAUAAAUAAUGUACUGGAGAGUUCAUCAAAAACAUUCGUUGCAGAUGAUCAAAGAAGCGACCAAGAAUCUUAAACUUCUUUCCUUCGUUUUUUAAAGCAAAAUUACUUCCCUAAGUUUUUGCUCCUAACUUUCAAAAUGAUAGAUAUCUCAUUUUUAUCGUUAGCAUUAUUACUUUGUGUAAGGAGUGCAAAUGAUUGGAGACAUCUAAUUGUAAAGUUCCAAGGUUAGAAAUAUAAUGUUACGAAUUUUUAUGUUUGUUCCAUAUUCUUGAUCCCCACAGCUUGAGCUUUGGUGAUGCGGACAAUUAUUUUGUACUAUUUUUUUUCAUUGUAACACAAUUCUUCUGCUCCUGAUAUGAAAUUCUGUUUCACUAAAA